AUGGGUCGUUCGAAGCAGUUGUUAAAUAAUUCAACAAUUAAAUCUCCAAAGCCUAGUGCUACUCCGGAAUCAAAAAACAAGCAUCUUGUCAACGGCAAAGGCACUCCAUUGAGAGGUGGAUCAAAGCGUCCAGUCCCUGUCGGCAGCGACGAUAGUGAUGUAGAGGUUGAGACUGGUGCGUUUGGCGGUGAUGCUGGUGAACUAAGGAUGUCACAUAAGAAACUGAAGCUGGCGACUGAAAAGGGGAUGGAACUGCAGAAAAAAGGUCUUGUCAGUGAAGAUGAAGAGGAUGAUGAAGAAGAAAAUGAUAGUGCGGAAGAAGAGGAGGAGGAGGACGAAGAGAAUGGAGAUGAUGACGAUGACGAAAGCGAAGAGGAAGAUGACGACGACGAUAGUGAGGAAGAGGAUGAUGACGACGAUUGUGAGGAGGAAGACGACGACGAUAAUGAGGAAGAAUCUAGUGAAGGAGAGGAAGAAAGUAAUAAAGACAAUUCAAAACUGAAUGCUGAGAAAGGUAAAGCCAUCAACAACCUGGUUGGGUCAAAGGCUGUCCAAAAACCUGGUUCGAUGUUGAACAAUGAGAAAUUGACGGAAAAUAAGGUAUCAAGCAUACCGAGUAAAGUGACUGAGGGGUCUGAGCCACAAAGCAGUACAUCAGGCAAGGUCCUCAUACUACAUGGACCUGAUAACUUGAAUAGUUUGAAAGAAUUCCUUUCCAAAAUUAGCCCAGUGACCAGCAUAAGCAGGAUGGAACCAGCACCCAUAAUGGCUACCAUCGCUAAUAUAAGCAUUUUCAAAAGUCGAUUAAAGUCAGGAAAGUUGAUGUUUCACGGGAAGGAGCUCGAAGUAAUACCUGUAGAGAGAGUCAAGGACGCCAAUAAAGGAAUGCAACCCACCAAAACUUUGUUCGUAGGUGGAAUUCCAAAAUCCAUGACAAUUGAACAACUAAAAAGUCAACUCCCCAACAACUGUCAACCUGUUUCCCUAAAUUUGCUGAAUAAAAACCCUAAAAUCAAUAGUGCAUUUAUGUCCUUCUCCUCUAUUGAUAUGGCUAAGCAAGCUCACCAAAUUUUCAGUUCUUUAACUGUGGAAGGUCAACCGUUCAAAGCUAACUUCGCUAAAGACCAACAGCCUCGAGCUGGUCCUGAUGGGUCCGUAAGAGUCGCAGUUUCAAAUUGGGAUGGUCAUCCGAACCAGUUGCGUAAGCUAUUCCCGACAUGUUUAGACGUUCAGUGGAUUCAGAAAAAACGAAAGGCAUUUCUUAAAUUUCCUUCCUUGGAAGUCCGAAAGGCUGCUGUCUCACAGCCAAAGUUCCAUGCCGGUAAACAGCUGAAACUGGCAUUAACAGGGGGACCAGAGCUCAAGACUGCCAUCGUUUGGGGUUUUCCAGCUGAUACAAAGGAAUCAGACAUCAAAGGAUUAUUUGGUGGCGUCGUUUCAGUGUCACGUGAUACAACUACAGGGAACCAGAGCGCAUCCAUGACUGUCGAGUUUGAAACCGCUGCAGAUUGUAACAAUGCAAUUUCCUCAAACGCAACUCUGAAAGGUCGCCGCGUGACAAUAUUUUUAAAAGAUGUCUUUGUUGAUGAUUGUGCUAACAAUCAACAGAAGCAUCCUGGACCAUCUGAGAAGAAAGCUAAACCUGUAGAAGUAGGUGUUUCGAAGGUCAAGACUGCUCACAAAGUUUCAAAGGCAGAGGAAGUGAAUGACGCAGAUGACAUUGAGGAUGAGAAUGACGACGAAGAGGACGAAGGUACAAGUGAAGAUGGCGACGACAGUGACGAAGACGAUGAAAGUGAAGAUGAAAGCGAGGAAGAAGAGGACGGAAGUGAAGACGAAAGUGACGAGGACGUUGAUAUGGUCUCACCUAAAGGCAAGGAGAAGAAGCAGUUUCCUGGCUUACACGACAAAAAAACUGGUGGAUUUCCGAAAGCAGACAACCGUUCAGGAGAUCAAAGCAACUUCAAAGCGCAGCACAAAUUUGGUGGUGAUUUCAAGCGCAACUCGUUUCGUGGUCGUGGUGGUCGAUCUCGCGGCCGCGGUGGUCAGUCGCCUCACGGUCGUGGUGGACAGUCUUUCCGUGGUCGUGGUGGUAACCGUGGGGGCUGGUCAAAACGCGGUGGUUCUGAUUAA